GGUGAAGCAAAAACGAACAAGCCUGCGGUUAGUAUGAGAGAGGACCCCUAAAUCUUUGCGAUAAGGCGUUUCUGGAUACAUCUAGAAUGUGAGAAACUCAAGUCCACGUCGAGCUUUCGAGAACCCUCUGUUUUCUGUUUUCAUUGCUUCCUUGCGGCCCCAUAUUUCUCUCGUUUCUGUUUCACUUCCUUAUAUCUCACAAAUCCUUAUCCCUCCACUGCCCUGCAAAUCAAUUUUGAAAAUUUCACCCCCCCUUUCCCUUUAUAUAUUACAAUUUCUCUCUGCUAACCUGUGAAUCUUAUUUCUGGCUUUGGUAGAGUUGUAAGCAUUUCAUUUGUUGACGGUACAUUAUAGAAUAUGACUCAGGCUUUAUCCUCAAGUUUCGGAGUUCAUCUUCGCUCGCCAUAUGGCUCAUCAUCGUCAUUGUCUUCUUCUUCACCGAGGUCCUCUUUCAGUUUUACACGGUCCUUCAUGCCUGUCAAGGUUGUGGCCACUGGAGAUAUCAAAGACAAACUUAGCCAUCUUCAAAGACCACACAAGGACCCUUCCCACCCUAGAACAAGAGUCGCUCCACCCGGAGGGCUGUGGGACCGAUUUCCUACGGCAAAGACUGUGCAGGAUAUGAUGGAGACAAUGGAGAGGAUGAUGGAGGACCCAUUCGCUCUUAGCAGUGGGGAGUGGCCGAAUGCGGCGAGCGGCAGCAGUGGCGGUCAUCGCAGGGGAAGGACACCGUGGGAGAUAAAAGAGGGAGAGAAAGAAUACAAGAUGAGAUUUGACAUGCCUGGGAUGACCAAAGAGGAUGUGAAGGUGUGGGUGGAAGAAAAGAUGCUUGUGGUGAAGGCUGAGAAAGAAAGAAAGAAGAAUGUUGAUGAAGAAGAAGAAGAUGGCGGAGAAGUUUGGUCUGCUAAGAGCUAUGGAAGGUAUAACAGUAGAAUUGUUUUGCCUGAGAAUGUGGUUUUUGAUAAAAUUAAGGCUGAGGUUAAGGAUGGUGUUCUUUACAUAACCAUGCCUAAGGCUGCUUCCUCUUCAAACAUCCUUGAUAUCCAUGUCCAAUGACUCAAUGCUUUUUUCUCCUGAAAGAACAAUUUGUAUACAUAAGCUUUGCUUAAAUGAGUAGAAUAGUUUAGAGUCAGUCCCUUAAGUGUUAUGGAAUGGUAUGUGUCUUGAAAAAUAAUCAUUAUUAUUGAAUCAUGUUAAAAGUAAUUAACGUUCGUUUUGUUGA